AUGACGAACAUGUCAGAGGACAAAAUCAACUGUACUAUUAGCCACGAGAUCCACCAAUACCUGUUCUCUGCCACAUACAUCCUAGUCCUGCUGGUUGGCUUCCCCACCAAUGCCUACUCCCUCUACCAUGCCUGGCUCCAGCUGAGGGCAAAGAAUGAACUGGGUGUCUACCUGCUGAACCUGACCAUUUCAGACCUGCUGUACCUUGCCUCGUUGCCCCUCUGGCUGCAGUACAUCUUCCAGGGUGAUGACUGGCAGCACCGGGAAUGGCUGUGCCAGCUAUGUGGCUUCUUGCUCUAUGAGAACAUCUACAUCAGCAUUGGAUUCCUCUGCUGCAUCUCCAUCGACCGCUACCUGGCUGUGGUCUACCCCUUCCGCUUCUCCACCCUCCGAUCCAUGCGUGCUGCUGCGUUCAUUAGUGCCCUGAUCUGGCUCAAAGAGGUGGCUGUGGGUGUGGUCUUCUUCCGCCAUAAGGAGUUGAGCACAGAUAGGUCCAACCAAUCAGUGUGUUUCGAGCAUUAUCCAAUGAAGCCUUGGGAGCAUGCCAUCAACUACUACCGCUUCUAUGUGGGCUUUCUGUUCCCGUUGGGUAUUCUGUCUUUGUCCUAUUUUCGAGUACUGAGGGCAGUAGGAAAGAGCACUGGUACACAGACAGCCCAGAAAACUCGCAUCAAGCACCUGGUGACAAGUACCAUCAUCAUCUUCUUGGUGUGCUUCUCACCGUACCACAUAUUCCUGCUGGUCCGCACAGAGCUGGAGACAGAAUGCUCCUUCAUCGAGAGUAUCUUCAACUUCUACCACUUUUCUCUGUUGCUCACUAGUUUGAAUUGUGUGGCUGACCCAGCUCUCUACUGUUUUGUGAGUGAGAGUGCCCAGAGGAGCAUCCAGCAAGCUCAGGAAGCCUGUUCACGCGCUCUCUGCCCAAGGUCUAAAAAUGGCUAUGCGCCAGACUCCCAUGAAAUGGUUGUGCCCAGUGACAACACAGCUGGAGCCACAGUGGUUACACUGCUUAAUGAAAACAAAACAGACAGUGACACAGGUUUUAGACAGACAGUAAGGACAAUAUAG